AUGUCUACCUAUCAAAUUUAUCGUGAUACAACAGUAAUAGUGACAUUACAGGGUACAGUGAAUGAAAUGUUAUCGCAUGUAUCACUUACAGAACAAGCAGCCAGUAAAAUGUCGGAAACUGAUAUUGCUUCAGAUGUCGUAUCGGUGAUCAAUGAAAGUCAAGAUAUUUUUAGUAUGAUCAACGACAGUUCAUAUCGUACAAAACAAUCAACAGGUCGUAUUUUAAAAAAAGUUAAUUCCAAAGGUGAUGUGAGUGAUUUAAAUUCAAUAAAAGAAAAUAAAAAGCCAUCAGUUGAUAUUGUAGCCACCGUAACAUCGAUAAAACAAGAAGAAGUUGUUCCAAAUGAAACACAAAAUUAUUCCAUCACACUGGGUAGUAAUCACAGUAACAGUGCUCAAUUGGAUCCUGCUGUUAAUGAAAUUAAUAGUUUGGCAUCGAUUAAUUCCUAUACAAUUCAAAACAAUCUAGUUCGACCACCGAAUGCACAAUCAACACUAUUAGAGGAUACUUUAGCAAUAACCAAAAAUCAGCCAAAUUUAACACUAUCGUCAGAUUUGUCACCAAAAGACCAAAAUGUGUUUGCAGUACCAUUAGACAAAACAAGAAAUGUAAAUGAAGGAAAUGAACAGACAACAACAAGAGAGUCAGCCAAUUUCAAUAAUCCACAACUUCAAGAUUCAAAUACGUCAACGUUGGAUUCAGCUUCGAUGAAAAAUUUUCGUCUUUAUUUAUCGCCUUCCAAUAGUUUAUUGGAUGUUACGACAGACGAAAACUUGAAUAUAACAUUUCGCGAUGUAUGCGAUAAUUCUCCAAAAAAAGCUGAUGAUAAUCAAGCAAAUGAUUCCUUAAUACAUAGUGCACAAAAACAAUUACCAAGUGAAACGAGAACUGAUUUUUCUGUAACAUCUACAAUUGAAGAUGAUCUCGUCAUACCCAAUUCUCAGCCCUUAAAUGGAAAAAGUGAUGAACAAAAUGAAUUUCAAAAUGGCGAACAGGACAAUAUGGAAACUGGAAAUUCUCAGAUAUCAUUUAAUAUAAAUCGUAUUGAGCAAACCGACAUCACAAGAAGUGUAUCAAAUUUGCCUACAUCAGAUACAUCGAACGAUAUUGUCUCUACAAAAUCUCCUCUAGUGUCACCAACCAGAGAUAUUUCACAUUGUGUUUCUAAUAAUAAAAUUCUUACACCUAUUAACAAAGCAUUAUAUUCGUUGAGUCAACCUGUCACAUCAAAAUUUGAAAAUAUAGUUGCUAAACAUUUAGAACAACAACUUUUGAAAAAUAAUCAUGCUUUAGUAUCUACAACACCUAAUGUAAUCAAAGAACAAAUAUCACCAAUAUAUACAACGCAUGAAGAAGAAGAACUUCAUGUCAAAGAAUCAAUAUCGAAAACAGUGCGAAAAUAUGUGUUAAAAACUGAUAAAGAUGGCCGAACAAUAUCACGAGAUUUAGUCAGCGAAGUGAAUUACCCAGCUGAACAGCCAGAAUUGCUCGAGCUCGAUCGUACUUUGAACAUUCCAAGACAUAGUGUUUUGGAUUUUUAA